AUAGCACCUCCCUCUGUUGUUCGUUACUUAACGUCGUAUUGGAUGAACAAUAUCAAGCCAUGGUCUGCAGUAUACUGGCAGGAGAGAAGUGUUCACGAACUUUCGGACACAAAUAUGCUGCUUGAAGCGUAUCAUCAUGUAUUAAAGGCGAAUCAUCUCGAGGGAAAGCGAAAUCGGAGGAUGGAUUCUCUGAUAUACACACUGAUAGAAAUUACGGUCCCCUACUACAAAUCCAAGCACGCUCGGCGGGACCUUGGACUCGAAGGCGAUGACUUAGAGGAGAAAAAGUGUCAGGACAUUGAGAAA